UAUUUGCUGCUUGUGGGUGUUGUUUGGCUGUCCAACUUUCGAUCUCGCCGUCGAGCUCGAGAGAAUCAUCCAUGGAUUCUUCGCCGGUGUCUGUUCGACUCGAUAUAUUCGAGAUAUACCGCAGAUUCUGUGAGAUUCAAUCAAGUCAAGGUCUAUGUAAUAUUUAUAAACCCCACGAGGAAUCACAAAGAGCUAACUAUCUUAAAGAAGCAUUGACUCAGCUCUUAACUCUAGUCCACAACAAGUUUCAACCAAGAAUCUCCAUUUUUGAUGAACUGUUCAAGUUGAUGUCACGCCUGGACUUAAUGGUUGACUUCUCAGAGUUUACACGCUUUUAUGAUUUUGUUUUCUUCAUGUGCCGUGAGAAUGGACAGAAGAGUAUAAAUGUAGGUAGAGCUGUUACCGCAUGGAAACUGGUUUUGGUUGGGAGAUUUAGGUUACUUAACCACUGGUGUGACUACAUUGAGAAAAACCAACGGCACAAUAUUACAGAAGAUACUUGGCAACAAGUCUUGGUGUUUAGUCGUUGUGUACAUGAGAAUCUACAAGGAUAUGACUCUCAAGGUUCUUGGCCUGUCCUCAUCGAUGAGUUUGUUGAGCAUAUGUACAGCAUUUUGGGACCGAGAAAGGACACUACCUUGUCAUGUAACUGUGGUGACACUGAAUCUCAAACAUGCCUUUAUGAAGAUCAUCUUUCAGAUGAGCAUCACAAAGAUUAUCACCGAUGCCACACGGGUCUAAGAAAUGUUCCAGGCUUAAAGAGAAAAACAUCAAAAGAUGAUGAUGAUGGUGAAGAAGUAUCAGGAAGUCAAUACAUGAAACGACUCAAAUCAGAUGACAGUCCAAAAUGUUCAUCUAAGUCUCAUUGCGAGAUUGAGAGAAGUCUAUCACAAGGGUUUGCGAGUCUUUCAUCGACUGGAGAUAAGCCAUGUAACGCAAAACACCAUCCUAUAUAAGCAC